AUGGGUGCCAGCGCAAAGAGGAAGAAGGAGAAGCAGAAGGACUUUCAGAAAACGAAAUUGAAAGUCGGAAAGACAAAAGCCAAGCCGGAGAAUUUUACAGAUACGACAAUAACCCUAACCCAACAAUCCCUCACACUCACCGCCCCUACUCAAUCAACACAAUUCACACACUCCCUCUCCCUCCUAAGCAGCAAAUCCGACUCCCAACGCCGCGACUCCCUCUCCCACCUCGCGACCGCCAUCUCCUCGCGCCCCGUCUCGUCCCCCCUCCCAGUCCCCGUCCCCUCUCUCCUCCCCUCCCUCCUCCCCCUCAUCCUAGACGCCAACGUCUCCGUGCGUACCGCCCUGCUCAAACUCCUCCGCACCCUCCCCGGCGCGGACAUCCGCGACCACGUCCCGUCCCUGCUCCCCUACAUCCGCGCCGGCAUGACCCAUCUCGCCGCCGACGUGCGUCUCUCGACCCUCGACGUCCUGGAAUGGCUGGUCGACGUUGCCGGGGAGGAAGUCGUCAGCGCCCCCGGCGGCUGGGUGAAGCUGCUGAAGUGUUUCCUGGCGCUGUUGGGCUGGCCGACGCCUGAUCCCGAGGGCCGGGAGAAGAGCAAGUGGACGAGUUUGAACUCCCGCGCGAGUCUGGGCGCUGAGGCGAAGGGCUUGCCUGGGUAUCCUGGUUCCGGCUCUGGCUCCUCUAGCACCAGCACCAGCACGGGUGCCAAAAAGCCAAGCUCCGGAUCCAGCUCAACGGGACGUGUCGACCUCGGCAAAGCCUCGAAGCAAGGCAAAGGACUGAUCCGCGGGUUAACAGUACUCGGCGUAUUCUUAGAAGCAGGACUCGCGCCGCAUUUGCGAUGCGUUCCUGGGACGGAGGGCCAGAGCCAUACAGACGAGAGUAACGGGGACGCUGCAGACUUCCCGAUCCUCUCGACAGUACACCUCGUGUCUGGAUCGGCGCAGCCGUAUGCGUAUUUGAAUCUGUUCGGGGCGCCUCGGGACACGGAUGGCGAGAUGUAUGAGACGCAGGAGGAUCGGUGUCGGGUGUUUGUGGAGGGCGGGUUCUUGGGUUCUGUGACGGGGGGAGUGGAAGGGGCGAGACAGGAGGGAGGAGAGGUGGGGAGGGUGUCGAGUUUGAUUCGGAGGGUGUUGGCUUCUCUUUAG